CCGGCAUGAGACAGGAUUCCAUGGGUUCGAAGCCGACGAUGUCCGACAACUGGUUGCAGUCGAGCCUAAGAUCGUGUUGCCGAUGGCCACCGGGACCAACUGAUUAGAAAAAGAGAAAAAGAAACAUUAUCCCAAGUGCACGCGCGCCGCGUCUUCAUUUCAUCAUCUCAAAUAUAUCGAAAAAUAAUUCAAAUCAUUCAAAUAGUUGUAAAAUAAUCAAAAGUUUUUAAAUUAGAAAAAUCAUUCAAAUUAUUCAAAUUAAUUAUUUAUCAAAGUCUCCCUAAGAGCCGGAAGAAUUAAUUUCGAGAAAAAAAACGUGCGGAUCGGGUGACCGAAAGGGACCGACAACAGGUGGAUCGGUUUACCUCAAAGGGGGGACCGAGGAUUAUCACCAAAAAGGCGGGGUGUUGAAAGAAAAAAACAGCAACAACGAAAAGGUGUUUUACACAUGGUAGUUAAUUUUUUAACACGGAAGGUGUUUCCAAGGACAAAUUUCCGAGUGAGGCGCCAUGGAUGAUCAACGGUUGCCUUGAACUACGUCCAAGAAAACAAUGAGUGUGACGACGACGACAAUGAAACCACCGCCGCGGUUGCUGCUCCCGCUGCUGCUGCUGGCUGGAAUGCUUGGCGUCACGAUGGCAACGUCUCCUUGUCCGUGGUCAAGCCACGUGCCAAAACUCGACGGCUCUUGCAUUUGCGAUUACAAUCUCGCCAAUGAAUUAUCAAUCCAAUGUGAUAUCGUCGAUUACAAUCAAUUGAUAAGAGCAAUGCGUCGUUACGCAGGUCAAACGUCAAUUGAUCUCUUUUACGUGAAUAACAGUACAAUCGGUACUCUAAACGGUUCCCUCUCAUCACUUAGAAUAACAAAUAUCCAACUUUCCGGUUGUCGAAUAAAAACAAUCGAACCAGAUGCCUUCAAGGGUCAGGAAGCCAGUCUAAGAACAUUGAAUUUAAGGCACAAUGAAAUUGCCGAAAUACCAUCAGUUGCUCUCAAAACAUUAACAAAUCUAACAGUUCUCGAUCUUUCCGUUAACAAAUUCAAGAUCGUCGAGGACGAAGCUUUUCUAGGUUUAAAAUUGGUGACAUUGAAAUUAUCCGAUAAUCCAGUGGUGCUAAAUCCAGGUGCUUUCAAGGGUCUCGAGAAGACGUUGAAAAAUUUGAAUCUCAAAGGAACGAGACAGAAAAUUGUACCCGAAGCAUUGCGGGGACUUGGUGCUCUUGCAUUUUUAGAUUUAUCCCAAAACAGUAUUCAGAGACUUCCCGGUCUGUCGGGCGUCAAGGCCUUCGAGGGUUUAAAUUCACUCACUGGUUUGAAUCUCGAGAGGAAUUUAAUUGGCGAAAUUGGACCCGAUGCAUUUUAUGGCGUGAAGAACACACUCAGUUCACUCAGUCUAUUGAAUAAUGUUCUUCAAGUCUUUCCCACUAGCGCCAUCAACAGCGUUCACGAUCUAAAGGUCCUGGAUAUUGGAUUUAAUUUAAUAGCCGAACUGCCGAUAGAAGCGUUCAAAAAUAAUCCAUCGAUAACGCUACUGGCUAUUGAUGGAAAUCCAUUGUCGUCAGUGCCAGAAGAAGCUUUCCUACGUCUCAACAAGACCCUUCGGGGCUUAAGUCUCGGAGGUCCGUUCCUCGUGUGCGAUUGUAAAUUGCGAUGGAUCGUCGAGUGGAUGAGAUCGCGGGACCUUCAAGUAACAAGUCGUGAGAAACCAAUCCAGUUUUGCGGCAGUCCUCACAGACUUCAAAACAUCAGUUUUUACAAUAUUGACCCUGAACAAAUGGUCUGCGAGGGAGCUACCGAAGUCGUUGGAAUUGGAACAGUGGAAAGUGUCGACACAAAAGGACCAUUUGGACCAGUAAAUGGAGUUGUCGAUAGCUUAUUACCAACACGAUCGACAACCAGAGAACCAAGCACUGUCUCUCUGCCAACAAACACCGAAGUGACAAUAGCAAUUGAUAAAUCGACAAUUCCGUCGACAACUUUUUCAACUUCGACAACAGUGACGACAACAACAACCACCACAAAUGUUCCGUCAACAACCACCAAUCGACCAAUGCCACGAACUGGAAACGUCUACAUUACUCGUACAACAAUGCAACCGAAAUUCAACGCCGAACCUGUACAUCCACUCCAACAGCAACCAAAACACCCCCUCGUGUUUGGUUCCCCUCCGUUUAAAUCGAAAUCCGACCGGGAGGAAAUUAUCGUCAAGGACGUUCUCAGACAGGAUAAUUCCGUAAUUAUCUUCUGGGAUACAGAGGCACACAAUAUUUUAGGUUUCCGUGUAAUCUACAGACUAUUCGGUGAUUCCAGUUUCAAGCAAGCUCCACCGCUCGAAGCCAGCGAGAGGGAAUUCAAAAUUAAAAAUGUUCCAACUCAGGAAUGUAUGGUUGUUUGUGUUAUUUCACUGGAGGAUACAAACGUGACUCCGGCAAAUGUACCCUAUAAUCAAUGCAGAGAAAUAAGAACUGACAAUUCACCAACAUCAAAUAUGGAUAAAAUUACAAUAGCCGCGAGUGCUGCAAUUUGUGCAACAAUUGUAGUGGCAGUUAUUAUUUUCCUAGUGGCGAAUCGUCGACGCGCAAGAAAACUUCACACUCUACACGAUAUGGAUCAUCAGACAAAAAUGGGAGGACCAAUAACAAGUUUGCCAGUAAAUUGUUGUUCGACUGUUGGUCCAACUCCGAGUCCAGGUGGUCCUCUACCAUCAAUGGCAACACUAAGUGCCUAUAAUGCGCAAAAAGAAUGGGAUCAAGUUUCAGCUUACAGUGGACGAAGUAUUCCAAGGCCAAGGAUUUUUCCCGUCGAUCGUCAAGGAUCUAUAAACAGAGCAUCAUGUAUUGACGAACUUCGACAAUCACAAUCAGGGCAUUACACUGGGAAAUCGACACGAUCUGUCGCUGAUGGACAAUCACAGCACAGCUUCUCAAAUAAUUCGUCUCGCUAUUUUGGCAAUGCUACUUUGACGUCGAACCUAAUCAACACUAGACCAGAAUUACGACAAUCACGACAAUCGUUGGCAGCUGCAUCUGACAGGAUGUCAAGGGCCAGUUUUCCAGCUGUCAAUCAUUUACCACCGCAGGCAACAUCGCGAAGACAACGUCCACGUUCGCGAAAUCGCACCCUGGAACAAAGUCACGUCCCCCGUCCAGGUAGUCGAUACAGUUUAGCGGAAUCGACUCACACGCUCAACAAUUACGAUGAGAAUAAUUAUGAUCACGAUAUGGAUAUUUACAUGGCUCGCAAUCCAACCACAAGAGGUGGACUCGUUCCUCUUUAAAAAAAAUAAAUAAAUAAAAGACGUAUUCUUGCUCAAGCCAAUUCAUGAAAAUUUUCAAAAAAAAAAAAAACCACACGUGUUGCUGUCUAGAAGUCCUAGAUAAAAAGCGUUAUAAAUUAAAAUUUGUCUUCCCUUUUCAAUAAAAGAAACUAAUGUAUAUUUCUACCACUACAAUCAGAAUUUAUAUUCAAAUUAAAAUUCGAAUUUCAAACUUUGAAAUUUUUCUUUCUUUUAAAAUUAAAAAAAGGAAUCACUUUAAGAUAUUAAUAUUCAAUUUAAAAUUCGAAUUUCUAGAUUUGAGAUUAAAAUAAUUCUAGAGAUAUUAAAGUUUAAAAUAAAAAGAGAAAAUGUCUGCUAAUUGUUUAGUGAAGAUAGAAAAAUGAUUAAAUACUCGUUAAUUACAUGUACAGAUUUUAACUCUUUCUAUAUUAUUAAAUUGAUUUUUAAAUUGAUUAAUAAGAAAAUUUUAAAAGAAAACUAGAAUUUAAGAAUUUAGAACGUUUAGUAUAAAAAUUACUAAGAGUAAAAGUUCAUCCAGCAAAAGUGUCUCUGAGCUCUUUUUUUGUACACGUAAUACUGAGAUUAAUUUUUUUUUUUGAGAUUAUUAAUCAGUGCAAUGAAAUCAUAAAGAAUUCCAAAGAAAUUUUUUUGAUGAAAAACUCGCACUGAAAGUAUGAGUAUUUUUUUAGAAGUAGGAUAACAGUACACUCAUUUUCAGUGCACGGACUCAGUAUUCACUGGUAAUAUAAUGUAAAUAUCGUUUUGCGGCACUCCAGUGACUUUUUUUUAUAUUAUAUAUCUAGUAUUUUAAUUAUUAAAAAAAAUGGAAUAUUUUGUACUUAAUCGACUCGAUGAAAUUAAAGAGAAAUAAACAAAAA